AUGGCUGCCGCCGCAGCGACCGCAGACUCCACAUCGACGUUGAAUCCGACAGCAACUGACGACGCUUCGGGAGGAAUUCCAGACAUAUCCCGCGGUACUCCUAUGAAGACAUACCUAUUUGCAUUCCUUGGAGUCGCCAUUGUUCUCCUCCUCUUCAUAGUCGCAGUUCUCAUUCGCAGGACAAAACUGGCGCGACAGCGUUCAAGGCGGAACGAGAACGAGGUCGAUCUCUGGGACUAUCACAACUCACGCAGCGAAGGCGUGUCACCCGAUCAAAGAGAAGAAGGACUCGACGCGAAUGGCGAGGCCCCUCCACCUUACGCCCCGCCGCAAACGACAAACGAAGGGACCAACAAUACAGCCUCACGCAAUCAGCUCACCAUACCAUCGCAAACAUUAUCCAGGUUGGAGGCAGGUCUAAAGCCACCAGAGUACGCCGAAAGAUCAGGCGGAUAG